AUGAAGAUCACCGCUCUACUUUUCCUCGCGGCAGCGGAUGUCGUACUUGGCAAUGCAGUCUGGUGUGACGGUGCAACCGCCCCAGAGGCCAACAAUAUCUGCUGGCAAAUCAAUGGCAGAGUCGCCUUGGCGUUGAAAGUUCCGGUUACGACAGCCGCUGUGGCGAUAUUCGUGGCUCGAUCGCGAGCCCCGUCGGCCGGGGCGAGGACGACGGAUGCUAAGCCACUGCACAUAUCGACCGUCAAAUCCACUUACCCGAAUGGCAAACCACUCCAACGCUCCACUCUCAUCGGUGGGCACAACGCCACAGUCAAAGAAGUCCUUCGCAGCUGUGCAUCAAGCAAUCAUCUGAAGCGCACCGUGGCCAGAUGGCUCAUUGUAGUCGGAGGUGCUGUCAGCGCCACCGGAUUUGCCGCAGAGUCUAACGUAAUGCGGCCCAAGAAGGGCAACACCCAGAAAGUCGUGGAACUCCUCAAGGAGGCCGCAGCACACGUCGAAAAGGACGAGAAAGACACGACCCGCUAUGAGAUCUAUUCGUCCUUGCGUACAGCCAAAGACGGCACCGAUCAGAUCUUUAUGGUGGAGAGGUAA